AAAGGAAUGGGAAUAAGUUAAGGAAUAUAUAAUCUGAAAGAAAACAAAGAAAGCAAUUCAAGAAAGUUCUCUUUGAGGAAUUUUCUGUGUAUAUAUACACUACAAACUUCAUCCUAUCCAUCAACAAGAACAAAGAACGAAGGAUAAAAGGAAAUAUAACAUAAUAACAAAAAGGAAAGAAAGAAACACAGGAAAUGAAUUCAAAGGGAGCUUCAGCUGCUACACCAACUCAAAUAUAUGAAGAUUUUGUGCCAACAUCAAAACUGGUUCAAGAAGAACUCUCUGACACUCUUCACCUUAAUAUUCCAGGUUUCAAGAAGGAACAGGUGAGGGUUCAACUGACCAGAACGGGAAUUCUGAAGAUCAGCGGAGAAAGGCUGAUUGGGCAGAAUAAAUGGCAGAGGUUUCAGAAGGACUUUCCUGUUGCAGAAAAUUGUGACAAAAGUAAAAUCAGUGCAAAGUUUGAAAAUGGCAUUCUUCAUGUUAAACAGCCAAAACUGAUAACUUCAACACUGAAAAAUGAUAAGGAAUUGCCAGCCUCAGAAGCUGAGAACACCCCUGCUAAAAGACAGAAGACCUCUUUACGAGAUGAAUUUACUAAGCAGGAUAAUGCUGAUAUUAAUAACUCUGCUAAAGAGCCAGCAAAAGAAGAACAAAACAACACUAGUCCUAAAACCACUGAGCAAACAGAGGCUAGAAAUCUUGAAGAAAAAUCACCAGCAGAUAAAAGUAGUUCAAGUAGUUCUUACAGUGAAUCUGAAAGUGAUGAAUCGUCUGAUGAUUCGACGGAUGAUGAAACAACCGGAAACGCUAGCUGUUUCGCUGCAAACCUGAAGAAGCCAAGGAAAAUGAUGAAAAUGACUCUUGUUGCUCUGUUGAUUCUUGGUAUUGGGAUCUAUGUCGCCAACAUGAUGAAGUCUGCGAACGAAGCUGAAGAAAUGGAUCUAGUUUUUCUGUAGCCCAAAAUUGGUUGGGAUAUUUGCAUUUCCUCCCAGCUGACUGUGAAUAGAAUAACUAUUCAAUUUCUAAACUGUAAUCAAUCAAUUUGUUUGAAUAAAUCAUAAGUGCUAACGAGGUGAAAUGGUCUGCA